UGCGGCGAUGACGGGUCAGAUACUGACUCCGACGACUCCGAAUUCGAUUCAGACGAGGAUAUGGACGGACAGGAUAAACCGGAGCGCGUUCCAAGGGCGCGAAACGAGAUCGACUAUAAGCUUCUGCUUGACUUUGCGCGGCGGAUAAGCAAAUAUAACAUCGAGGCUGCGGCAGAUGCAGCGGCGGGAAUGACGAAGAAGGGCCACGCGAUACCGGGCAAGGACACGGAAAUGGGCGGGACAAAUGCAAACGGGGCACAGAGUGGGAGCCCGGACGCAGAACCUGUUGCUGCCGUUACGAAGGACGCUACGUCGUGGCUGGAUGAGUCGGCGAAUAUGACACGGCAGGUGUACAUGCUUCCUUAUCCGAUGGAGGACAGGAUACGGAUGGGGCUUAUGGGGCAGAUACAGCUUGCGGCGGCGGAGGGGAGGCCUGGGUUUGAUUCAGACAAUGAGGUGGAGAGGUUGAUUCGGGAGGCUGAGGGUGUCGGGGCUGCGGAUGCUGUCGCGCCUGCGCCGGUUGCGGAGGAGACGAAGCGUGUGAAUGAGGCUGCAAUGGCCGCUGCCCAUGCUGGGUCUGCGGCAGCGACUAAAGUGUCGGUUGCUCCAGCGCCGAAGCCCAAGGCUGCACUAGAUUUGGAUCUGUAUGAUCCGGAUGAGGACGAGGAUUGAUUGUUGACAGGCCAUAGCUUGAAAAGUC